CCUAGGGGACACCUUGAGUUUGUGAUUCGAAUCCGCGCGAUUCCAUCAGCACCUGUUAAGGGCUUUGCUGCAUCCUGACCACCACGUUCGUUCUGGACUUGUUUUACCUUCCCGGGACUGGCGCGCCCGCGCUCUGGCCAGGCAUGCUGCGCUGUUUGUCCUUGGGAUGCAGCUCCUGCUAGCGGCUGGCUUUCCACCUUCGCUCUCCUCCACCAGGAAACUCAGUUGCCCAGAGUUGCAUUCCUCUGGGGGCGUUGAAGUGCGGAGCCUCUCUCCAGCUCAUCUUCGGUAAUCUCCUGGCAUCUGCCCCUUGUUCACUUAGCAGGGGACCACAGCUCCCUCCUUGCAGCGGGGGAUCGCUCCUGCCCCCUGAUUUCCUUUGCAGAUUUGAAGAACUCUUAAGCGGAGUGAGGGUAGCAGCGGCAGCAGCUGGGAGUGGUGGCCACGUGCGAUGGGACGCUGUGCUGCGUAGGGUGCAACUGCGCGGGCUACCUGGGUGUGGAGGACACUCUCUCUGCACCUCUGGCCACGGAACUUAGCUGGCUCACUCCUCCAGCGAGACCAUCUCUCUCCAGUCCUGGUACCUGUGACCUUUCCUUCCAUGGUUGGGUUUGCCUGCACCUCCUCCGUCCCCCAUCCCCUCAUACCCUGGGCUCUGCGCUGUGCAGAGCGGUCUCCGAUCCAGUGGCCAUAGAGUUCCAAGGAUAAGCCUGACGGCUACAACGUUGUAGCAGCUCCGGUUCGCUGGGAGCUCUGGUUUCUACUCGCCUGCUCACCUCUGUCCAGCACAGAAUCCGGUCUGCUUUGGGCGCUUCCCAGGGCCGUCAACCCCUUGGCUGCACACUCCUGGCUUCCUCGGCUCAAAGGAAACACAAGGACCGGCAGCACAAUUCUGGUGCCAUUGGGAGGCGCAGUGCUGAAGAUGGGUCCAGUGGGCGCCGAGGUGGACGAGAACCAGACCGCAGAAGCAAAGGUGGAGCCCUACGGGCCAGGGGACACCACUCCUAAAGGCGGACUGCCCCCUGAUCCUGAGCCGGAGCUCAUAGACAGCACCAAGCUGGUUGAGGUGCAGGUGGUCCUCAUAUUGGCCUAUUGCUCCAUCAUCUUGCUGGGUGUAGUUGGCAACUCCCUGGUAAUCCAUGUGAUAAUCAAAUUCAAGAGCAUGCGCACAGUAACCAACUUUUUCAUUGCCAACCUAGCUGUGGCAGAUCUUUUGGUGAACACCCUGUGUCUACCAUUCACUCUUACAUACACCUUAAUGGGAGAGUGGAAAAUGGGUCCAGUCCUGUGCCAUUUGGUACCCUAUGCUCAGGGCCUGGCAGUACAAGUGUCCACAAUAACUUUGACAGUCAUCGCUCUGGACCGCCAUCGCUGUAUUGUCUACCACCUGGAGAGCAAGAUCUCCAAGCAAAUCAGCUUUUUGAUUAUUGGUCUAGCCUGGGCCAUCAGUGCCCUGCUGGCAAGUCCCCUGGCUAUCUUCCGAGAGUACUCGCUGAUUGAGAUCAUUCCUGACUUCGAGAUCGUGGCCUGUACUGAGAAAUGGCCUGGUGAGGAGAAGAGUAUAUAUGGCACCGUCUACAGCCUUUCCACCUUACUAAUCCUGUACGUUCUGCCGCUGGGCAUCAUAUCUUUCUCCUACGCCCGGAUCUGGAGUAAGCUGAAGAACCAUGUCAGCCCAGGAGCUGCAAGUGACCAUUACCACCAGCGAAGGCACAAAACAACCAAAAUGCUGGUGUGUGUGGUGGUGGUGUUUGCAGUCAGCUGGCUGCCGCUCCACGCCUUCCAGCUCGCUGUGGACAUUGACAGCCACGUCCUGGACUUGAAGGAAUAUAAACUCAUCUUCACAGUGUUCCACAUUAUUGCCAUGUGCUCCACCUUUGCCAACCCCCUUCUCUACGGCUGGAUGAACAGCAACUACAGAAAGGCUUUCCUCUCCGCCUUCCAGUGUGAGCAGCGGUUGGAUGCCAUCCACUCGGAGGUGUCCAUGACCGUCAAGGCUAAAAAGAACCUGGAAGUCAAAAAGAACAAUGGCCCCGCUGACUCUUUUUCAGAGGCUACCAAUGUCUAAGAAAAUAGGGGUGAAAGCGCACGGAUUGGGAGCGGAGCUGCCAGUCUGGUUAGGGAAGGUGUUCUGACCAGUGCAUGCUGACCUCCUGCUGCAUUGACUGAAAAACAUGGGCAGUCUCGUUCUUGGAAAACUGGCUGGCGGAGCAGAGGUGAAAAUGAGCAAUUUGCUGUGCUACAAUGGUUUGAUUACUGAUGCUUAGAUGGUAGGUUGAAUUAUGAGUACAAGAGGGAAAUACUUUUGACUGUUUUCCCAGAGUGAAGGAACCCUGGAUAAGGAAUUGGUAUCAGGGAGAGGUAAGUGUUAACCCUGAAAGCCCAGUAGGAUCUGCAUUGGUGAUGCCGUGGACUCCACUGAUCCCUCAUCACCUAAUGAAAAGCAGCUGAACAAACUCAGAUUCUCCUAGGGAGCCAUAGGCUCUCUGUUAUGGUAUUUUGGUUUUAUUGCCCUUCCUAAGAUGAAAUCUAAAUGAGAUUGCUAUAGGUAAACAUUGCUUGUAACUAAGGAGAUGACUUCAAGAGAACUUCAGGAGAAUAAGCAAUUUUUCUAUAUGAUUAAUAUUUUGGCAAUGAUGGGGAAAUCCAUAUAUACCCAGUGAGCAAUGAACUGUUAUUAAAAUCAAGUGUGCAAUUGUUGAACGUUUUGAAAUUUCAGGAUCACAAUCUGAAAUUUUGAGACUUAAAAGAAUGAAAGACAUCAUUUGAUUUCUUGUUUUGAGACAUCCCUGUUUAUGUAGCUACUGUUCAGAUAGCAAGUAAGCAACUCACUCCUUUUGCUUAUUGCUAAUUGUUAAAGUCCUUUGGACCUAUACAACUCCUGUUACCAUUCCUGCAUGGGAGCAAAGUUCUCACUAAAAGCUAAAUCAGACUAGAAAAUUAUUUUGUAGCAACUUGAGUUUAGUUGUAAGCAAUUCCUCCCCUCCCCCAGUUGUAAGCGGUUCCUCCUAACAGAACACACUACUCAUAGCUCUAAUAUGUUUACAGACACCCACCGAAGAAUUGUGUUUUUUGGAGCUCAUCAUCAACAGGUCAAGUAAACAGGUUAAGUAAAAAUAUAACUUCAUUACAAUGGAUCCAUUUGGUAAGAAACCUCAAAAACUGAGUUCAUCCCACUUUGCAAAUCUUUGGUUUUCAACUAAUUUUCACAUGAGUUUUCUCUCUUCAAAAAGACUCAAUUUUUGGGUAACAUAAGUAUGUACACAAAAUAAAAGCAUAUCUAUAAAGAGAGGAGAAUUAACAAAUUUUAUUUAAUGCUUUUAUAAAAUUAGCUUUUAUUUCAAUAUUACCCAACCAAAGAUGAGUAAGACUCUAUUUUGUUCACACACAAAAAAUAAGAAAAUGAGAUGUUAAAAUAGUUGCACUUCCCUGGAUGCUGAAGUUCCAGUGUAGGUGUAUUUUUGUAAAUAUGACAGAAUUUGUGAGUAUAUUCUUUACAUUUUAGAAAUAUUCAAUAUAGUCUUAUACUUGGUUAUGAUAUUAGUGUUGUGUAUACAUUUAAAAUUCAGACUAUAGCUGUUAUCAGAUCCCUUUCAGGGUGGAAAUGAAAGUUUGGAUUGGAAAUUAACCAUACUUUUGGAAUACUGGAAAGGAAUAAACAAAAGUAAAAAUACUUGUGAGGCAGGCAAAGAAGUCAAUGAAAUACACUGCUAUCUGAAGUGUAUCACACAACUAUAAACCAUGGUUUUUCUGUUGCCAUCUGAAGAUAAGCUUUUUAUAUUUUAUGCAGAAAUACUUAAGAUGUUAAAAGGUUGCUGUGAAGAUUUUAUGCCUCUUGCAGAAUUCGUACCCUGCACAACGCCUGCCCGUUACUGUGACUCCUGUUGUGAUGGGAAAUUAUUGAAAUCCACCUGAUGAUUCAAUUAACAUGUUUAUGAUUAAGUUAAUAUGUUAAAAUCAUUAAUACAUUACCUGUUGUGGAGUGAUUUUAAUGUUAAAAUAAAAAGAAUUUGAGAAAUUGUGAAA